AUGGACCCUUUGGUAGACGGUCCUCGUGUGCGCUCAGACAGCAUGAGCAGCUCGGCGUCUCAGGGUUCCAGGUCCAAGGUGCUGCUCCGCCAGCGUUUGUCUCAGCUGAUGACCUGCAUAGAGGACAUGAGCUCUGACGAUGAAGCCAGUGAGGAAGUGUCCCGCUCACUAGACGAAGCAUUUCAGCUCUGCGGGCACUACGUUCCCACAGACGCCUUCAGGCUGCACAUGGUGACCUGGAACGUGGCCACGGCGGAGCCCCCUGAGGACGUCACCUCUUUGCUGCAGCUAGAUGUUCAGCCUCCCACAGACCUCUAUGUGAUUGGCCUGCAGGAGGUGAAUGCCACGCCUGUGAGGUUCAUCUCUGACCUGUUAGCGGAGGACUCCUGGAGUCAUGUCUUCAUGGACACACUGGCACCCAGAGGCUUUGUAAAGGUUGCAUCAGUCAGGAUGCAGGGUUUGCUGCUGCUGGUUUUUACCAAACAAACUCAUCUCCCCUUCAUCAGAAAUAUCCAGACCACCUACACUCGUACUGGAAUCUUUGGUUACUGGGGUAAUAAAGGUGGAGUGUCUGUGCGUUUUUCCUUUUACGGCCACAUGGUGUGCUUCCUCAACUGCCACCUAGCAGCUCACAUGAACUACGCCCUGCAGCGCGUCGAUGAGUUUGAGUACAUCCUGGAGACACAAGACUUUGACAUCACUGACACCCCACAAGUCCGGGACCACAAGGUGGUCUUCUGCUUUGGCGACCUGAACUUCCGUAUUGCAGACCACGGCUUGCACUUCCUCCGCUCGUCCAUCAACAGCGGACGCCUUAAUUUGCUAUGGAACAAGGACCAGCUCACCAUGAUGAAGAAGAAGGAACCUUUCCUGCAGGAAUUUGAGGAAGGGCCGUUAAAUUUCAAACCCACCUACAAGUUUGACCGUAACUCUGAAACCUAUGAUACCAGUGGAAAGAAGAGGAAACCAGCCUGGACUGAUCGGAUCCUCUGGCGCAUCAAACCCAAAACGCCGCCACCAGAGGAUGAGGAUGAUGCUGAUGAGAAGGCAUCGACUUCUACUGAUGAUGGGCCCGAUGAGUAUCCACUCCUGGUCACUCAGGACAAGUACACCAGUGACAUGAGCUAUGGAGUCAGUGACCACAAGCCUGUCAUUGCAACCUUCAGCCUGGAGCUGAGGAAGUGCUUUGACAUGCCGUUGGUGCAUGUGUCUCCUUUGGGUGUAUGGAGCGCAGACCAUGAUGCACUUCUGAACUACACCAUCCAAGAGGACUUCAUGUCCUCCACAUGGGACUGGAUUGGCCUGUACAAGGUGGGAUUCAAGAGUGCGUCCGAUUAUGAAACCUUUGUUUGGGUCAGAGAGGACGAAUUACCAGAGACAAAUGAGGUCAUACAGGUAUCUGUGGAUAAGGAUGAGAUCCCUCUGCUGGGUGGACAAUAUGUUUUGGGUUACUACAGCACAAACAUGCAAAGCAUCAUUGGACUCAGUGCUAGCUUCCAGAUCCUGGAGUCAAAGCGUGCUGUCAUGGAAGGUCUCGUUCCUGAAAAUAUGAAUGGACUCAACUAA